ACGUAAUUGUGGGUGUACAGCAGAAGUGGAACUUCAUCUUCUGAUCUUCUGAAAGGAUCGCAGUCGCCCACUCGUCGGAGGAACAGAGGCGCAGGAAGGAAAGCAGUCCUCAACUCAAGGAGCAGAAAGGAGAAGAGGACACACACUCGUGCAUGCAGGCGCACAGCUUCACGUGGACUCUGGACAUACCGUGUGCUUCAUACUGGAAUUUUAACGACCUCUAACCAAUUUUGGAAUUAUAAACGCUUUAUUAAAAGCCAUCCUCUAGAGGGAAGAUGCUUCUGAAUAUAAAACAUAUACUGUGGUUAUUCUGCCUAUACUACACAUCGCUUGGACUGGUUUCAGGCUCUCUAACAGUGAUGCAGCCGGUGAGCGGCUCUCUUUCCGGAAAGGUGGUCCUGCCCUGUCACUUCUCCACCCUCCCUACAGCAACUCCCAGCAAUGCUACGACCCCUGGAACAGACCAUCUGCGCAUUAAAUGGACCAAGGUGGAGGGUAACUUGGAGUCCAUAGUAAUCGUUGCUCAGAAUGGUGUCAUUAAAGUUGGGCCAGGCUUCAAAAACCGCGUGUCUGUGCCGAGUCAUCCAGAGGAUAUUGGGGAUGCCUCGUUGACUGUUGUGAAACUGCGGGCUAGUGAUGCCGGAACUUACCGCUGUGAGGUCAUGUAUGGCAUUGAAGACACUCAAGACAUGGUCAACUUGGAUGUCAGUGGUGUUGUUUUUCAUUAUCGGCCCAAGAACAGUAGAUAUACCUUGAACUACAGAGAAGCUGUGGAGACCUGUCAAAGUAUCGGGGCUACCAUUGCCACAGCAGAACAGCUAAAAGCAGCUUAUGAAGAUGGGUUUGAUCAGUGUGAUGCUGGUUGGAUAGCAGAUCAGACAGUGAGAUACCCCAUCACUAACCCAAGGCCUGGCUGCUCUGGGAACCUGCCUGGAAAACCUGGUGUCCGUUCAUAUGGCCUUCGAAUGCCCACUGAGACGUAUGAUGUGUACUGCUACGCAGAUAAGCUUGAGGGUGAUGUAUUCUUUGCACCUACUACAAAUAAGAUGACAUUCGAGGAAGCAGAGUCUGAGUGUGAGCAAAGAAAUGCCGUCUUGGCCUCACCUGGUCAGCUCCACUCGGCCUGGAGAAAAGGUCUAGACCGCUGUGACUACGGCUGGCUGUCUGACGGAAGUGCCCGCUACCCUGUUGCCAUACCCAGAACACAAUGUGGUGGAGGUUUGCUUGGAGUUCGCACCAUGUACAAGUUCCGCAACCAGACAGGCUUUCCUGACCCCACCACGAAACUGGGAGCGUACUGUUACAUAGGUUAUGAGUUUCUACUCAACCAGACAACAUGGGUGGAUGUUACAAUUAAGGGUGUCACCACAACCUCACCCUCUAUAGCCUCUUCAACCACAGCCCAGACUGCUCUCUCUGAGUCCUCCAUGGAGCCAAAGGAAUUCAUUUACUCACAGACCACCAUAGAUGACUCUGAGAACCAGGCCUCGAUAGACUCUCCUUUCAUGUUUUCCACCAGCAUGGCCCCAUCAAGCAGUUCUGACUCACCAAGUAGCCAACAUGUAACAGCUAUCACAGAGGAUUUAGAAGUCGAUGACUCAGUAACCACUCUCACAGAUGUUAGGAUUGUGUCAGAAACUCAAGAUUAUGGACUGCACUUAGUAUCCACAACAGCUGUUCCUGCUGUCCCUGAGACUCCCUCAGACAAAUCAGAAGAUAACAAAGGAAUUGAAAUAGGUACAGUUCCACCUGAUGUUUUAAUCUCAGCCUCUCCAAGCACAGAGCCAAUGUUUGCACUGGGGAAGACAGAGGAAUCUGUUCUGGAAAAGGAGAAAAUAGAUACAGCCUCUGAUCUCUUGCACACUACCACUGAUCUGACAGCAGAACCCACAAAGUUAAUCAGCAUGUCUUUUGAAGUUUCACAGUCUAGUACAGCAAAAGAUGACACGAUUCUGCCUAACAUCACCAAUGUUCAUCUUACCACCAUAACUGAGAUAAGCCCUACCGAGGAAAUUCAAUCUACAGUGUUUGGUGAUUAUGACAGCAGUGAAAUUGGUGUUAUGGCUGGACCACCACCCACACAAACAAUUUCUGAAGUUUCAGAUACCACAGAUGGACUUACUACCAUGCCAGUUGCUACUGAUGCAUCUGUCACAUUCACAGCCCAUACAGUACAACCCAAUACAACUCAUUCUGAUGUUACCACAUCGGUAUCAUCCACAGUUGAAGCUAUGAAGCUAACAACUCCUGUCCUCAGUGAACUACUAGCUGAGAAAUCAGAUUCAACUAUGUCAGCUGUAAAAGAAUCAGUUUCGUGUACUCCAGAAGUCAUUGGUGAAGCUGUUACAAAAGGCGAGGACACAGAGGACAUCCCAUCGUUGACACUUUCUCCUGAAAAAAGCAACAAAAAUUGUACAGAUGUGCCUUCUCUCCAAGUGAUUAUCAUUAACAUUCAUCAGCAGAAUAAAACAGUUCAACUAGACCCUCUGAUGCCCCAGAUUCCUAUUAUUCCUGAGGUUCCCAAUGAGCUCAUUCCCUCCCCCGUGGAUGGUGAGCCUAUCUGGGAUAGUGAAGAGUCUACUUUUGACACCAGCACACCAACACUUAAUUUUAUAAAUGGCAAACAUGAGGUGAGCAUUGAGCCUGAGAAGUCUUAUGCUGAGAAAGAGGCAAGAGGAGAUGUGUUUGUGAGCAUGUCCUCUCAAAACCUAACACAAACAGAAGAAAAAACAGAGACAUCAACCAAUUUUGAUCACUCACUGGUAGACCCUGGUGCAACACAAGAUGGAUCACUUGAGUCAAGCCAAGAUAUAACCUAUCCAAUACCCAUUUUCCUCAGCACAGUGGAGCCAAAAUAUGUUUAUGAUAAAGAACAAAUAAUGGUAGAGUCUACUCGUCUAUCAUCUCUAGUGCCAGAACCUGAAGAUGAGACUAUCAUGGAGGAGGGAAUCUUAAUACCAGAUACUUCGCCUGGCAUCACUGUUGAAAGAAGCUUCUCACCAAAACCACAUCAACCAUCUGCGUUCCCAACAAAUGCAACUACAACAACUAUCUCAGCUGUUGCACCUUCUAAGCCAAUAGACACCAUUGAGGAAAUUUCUUUUCCUAUUGAAGACGGGUCUGGGCAGGAAACAGCUACUAUUCAAGUAGUACAAGUGGCACAGAAAAGUACAACAUUGCAAGCAACAGAAAGUGACAAAUUAGACCAUACAAUGGUUGCAACAAGUGAUAAGACACCAUUACUGCCAUCUCUUACUGACACCACAGAUAUUACCUACUCAACUUCAAACUAUAGGACAACAGAAUUGGGAAUCAAAGAGUAUGCUUUUACUACAGAGACACCUAUGUCUGCAUCACAUCAGACAGACAAUAUAUCCUCACCUGACACCACUGAAAAGCAAGCUAUUUCAAAAAGCACAAUUAUGAUUACAUCUUCACCAGACAUAGAAAGCAUUACUUCAACAAAAUCCUUGUUUAAAGCUGAAGAAGAAGGAUCAGGUGGUGAAACUCAUGAUUUCAUUUUUACAAAGCCUACAUUACAACAUACUAUGACAAAUGAUUUUGAUGCCAUGACACCACACAGCCCACCCCUGGCAGAAAAUGUGGUGCUCCAAACAGAAGAAACAUUAUUAGCAAAACCAUCAGCAGAUAAUAUUAUUGAUUCCUCGGAACAAGUAUUCUCCACACAAGAAGAAAAAUUUUUAGAUGAGAUAUUAGCUAUAAGCAGUGUGUCUACAAUGGAGAAAACAAGUAAAGAUGUGCCAUCAGGUACACAUACUGAAACCUUUCCAUUUUCUGAAGCUGAUGGCUCAGGAGAUCAGUCGCAUAUUAUGUUGACCACAAAAUUCUCAACAGUUUUUCCAUUGCAUACUACAACCCAUUCAGUUCAGAGAGUUGAUGAAACUGUGUCAGUAAAGACUGAUUCAGAGGGAAUGGAAGCAAAUCAGGCUACUGUUUCUCCUUCAGCCUUUUCAAGUAGCUACACUGAUAUGGAGACAACAAUGGAACCAGUUCAGUUUAGUGGAAUUUCUGAAGAAGUCAUACAAGAACUCUUCACUGCCACAGUUCAAAGUGUGAUGUCAGAGGAAAGCUCAGGUCUUGAUAGCCCAGCAGGAGAGGCAAUAGCAACAACAGUGCCAUCAAAGCCAUCUGAAGUGCCUAUUAUUGAUGCCUCUGAAAUGGUCUUCUCAACAGAGAGCUCAGAAAAGAAAACAACUGAUAAGUUUAGUGUUGAGUCUAUAAGCCAAGCUUUGCCAAGUACAAAAUCAGAGGCACUAUUGCUCUUCCCAGAUACAGAAGGUUCAGGUAAUCAAAUAACUGAUGCAUUUACCACAACCACUACAAUUCCUGAAAGAGAUCAUUUCAUGUCCACAGUACCAGUCUGGGAUGGUACACUAUUACCUCAUUUAGAGGGCACAUUAUUGGAGAGGACAUCAGAGAGCCCAGCCAUUGCAUUCAGUAUUCUGAAUACAGUCCCCUCUACAGAUGAGCUUAUCAGAGAGCAAGAAACUACUAUAGCAACAACUACAAUGAUCACAAGUCAUGCAUCCACACUGAUUCCUGCCUUUUCCUUGUCAGAUGAAACAAUAGAAAAAGUGGAAAUGCAUCACACAAAUGGAUCAGAGACCGAAAAACUAUCAUCAACCAUAACAAGCGAUGACGUCACCUCAAUCUUAUUACAUUCUGCACCAGAGGAUGACUUUUCUGGUGAGAGCAUUCUUGAUAAGUUGAGCACAACCUCUUUUAUGCAAGUGCAUUUUACAGAUACAGAUGACCAGGGCAUGACAACAAGAGCAACAACACAGAGCGAAGCAAAAGAGAAUAUUACUGCUGCUACAACAAGAACUUUUACAGUUGACCAUACACAAUCACUCGCAAUAGAUUCUAGCUCAAUAGAGAUAGAAACAACUCCAGAGACUGCUGAAUACAACCAAAACACAACUGACACAAUGGUUGGAACUAGUUAUUACAAAACAGAGUCGCUGUUCAAUACAAGAUAUGUAGAUACCUCAGAGGUUCAAAUCUCAAAUACAGUUUCUAAAGAGUCACAUAUUAUUUCAGCUCCAACCCAAGAAAUACCACAGUCAGAGGGUUCUGGUGAAGAAAGUGGAGAGUUUGAGGAUGGUGUUUCUGGUGAUUUCUCUAAUACAGUUGUUGAUUCCACUCCUCCUUCACAAGUGCCGUCUAUAAAGUAUGUAUUAACAACAAAAUCAGAGGGAGUUAUGGGAACAGAGUUGCCAGUGCACCCGCCUGUUAUGGAGGUAUCAUCAGAUUUUGCCCACUCAACAGUGACGGGUACAGUCCUUGCCUUUACAGUUGGUGAUGGUUCUGGGGAGCAGAAUGAAGACAUCCUUAACACUGCAUCUGUCACAUCACCAACCACUGUUACAACAUUUGGUGUUACAGAGAGAUUCACCACUACUAGCAGUUCAACAGUAACUGCUGACCAUUUUUCAUCAGGUACAGCUCAAAAAUCUCACUUAGAGAGUAUACGUAAUGCCACAUAUUUAACAUCAACUGUUAUCGACAUGGAAACAUUAGGGGCCUCAAGCGGAGAUCAAGAGUCUUCCAUACUUGAAGGAUCUGCUGACAAAAUAUCAGAAACAACUGAAGCAAGUAAAGAAUAUUCUAUAAGAACUGAUGAGGCGGAAAUUAGUUACACAAAGAGCACAUUAGAUUACUCAGAUGUUGAAACAGCUACACUUUCCGCAAAGUUAACAUCAGAAUCUACUUCACAAAUUCCUUCAAGCCCUGCACAAACAGAUUUAAUGUCUUCUUCUUUGGAGUAUGGUAGUGGUGACACAGAGGACACUACUAUUGAAACUGAAGGGGCUGAUGAUGGUUCUGGUGAUCUAGUAUCCACUGUCCUUGAGUCAUCUGCACCUUCUGUCAGUCCUAUAAUGGAACAUGUAACAGUGACAUCACUGGCAGAGAUCACAUCUGAGGGGACAGUAGAUAAUCAAGUCUUGAACCAUGUUGAAGAAUCAGAAUUGCAGACAACUGAAGUAAAUACAGAAUUGUCUGUGAAAACAGAUGAGGCUGAAACCAGUGAGAAUAAGACCACAUUAGAUCACCUAAGUGUUGAGACUUCUACUCAGUAUACAUUGUUCAUAUCUGAAUCUAUUUCAACAAUGCCUAGCACGAUUCAAAAAGAAACUAUGGCUGUAUCUUCGGAUACUGGUAGUGGCGACAUGGAGGAUACUACAUCUGAAGUCACUGAAGAUGAAGGUACUGAAGAUGAUAGUUCUGGUGCUCUUAUUGAGUCUGCUGCUCCUUCACAAGCUCCAUCAACAGAUAUAACAACAGAAAAAACAGAACCAUCAAUACACAUAGGUAUCAAAGACCUGCCAUUGGUUGUUCCUACUUCAACCUUCACAGACUCAGUUGCCUUAACAAAUGAAGAUAGUUUGGGCAGACAGUCAACUGUAACAACUGUGUCAGUGAUGCCAGGAACAGAUUCAAUCUAUCUGACCUCAAAGCAGGUUGACAUUGAUUCUGUAGUCUCAACAACAGAUGUUGACAAAGGGACAUUGAGCCUUUUUACAGAGGAUGGAGGUUCAGGGGAUGAAAUACUAGUUACUACCACUAGUGAACGUGUCACUGUAGAAGCAACUAUGCAAAGUAACACACCCACCAAAGGUACAGCAAAAGUUCAAUUGUCCCACAGUGCAACAAAGUUUACUGAGACUGAGAACACAGAAGACAAUUUGGCAAUUUCUACACAAGAUUCCCUAACCACUAGUUUGCCCACAGAGAGUUCAUAUACUACGCUUGUGGAUGAGGUCACUGUCCAAACCUCACCUGAGUCAGUGGUGACAGACACAGAUGUGACUACUCCAGUUCUCUCUGUCAUAUACCAAGUUGGUACAGAUAAAGAAGUUACAACAGUUGUCCCAUCUAGUAGUGAGAUCAGAUCUAGCAAAAUUACCACAAGGCUUCAUGAUACCAAAUCAAUUACAAGCCCUGUUAUCAUAUUCACAGAAGAGAUAAAAGAUGAAGAUGAACUUUUCUCAACAGUUACAGACAGCAUGAGAGACCACAGCACCAAAACAGAAUUUAUUACCAAAGAUGAUAUGAUCAUUGAUGCAGAUACUGUUUCUGGGUUGGAACCCUCAUCACCUUUUGCCUCGACAAUCAUCACAGAGGAAGCAGCUGGCAUAACAGCUGUCACCAUGACGCCUCAAUCCUCCAGCAUACUGACAGAGGAACCAGAAGGCUCUGGGACAGACAAUCCUGUGUUACCAUCCUCAGAUUUACACCUGUCUAUUCAGUCAACCUUGGAAGGUCCAACAGCUAAAGGCAUACAUUUAAGCAGCUCAAUAAAAGCUGAGGAAACAGAAACAAAACCAACAUUCUCUGUAGAUAUUCUUGAUGAAAGAUUUACUGUUCAAACUGUGGCUCCUUCAAAGAUGACUCCACACGUACCCACGUCCACACAUUCUGCUCAAACAUCCCUGUAUUCCACUCAUAUUACUACACAUUACAACACUGGAAAAUCCCAUCCUAGUCAGACCACCUUGCAUAUUACUUACAGUGAAAAUCCACCUACAUUUACCACCGCUGAUUCUGUUCACACUACCAGUCAGCACAGUCACGUCAUCACUAAACCCAGCCAUACAACCACCAGUCAGCCUAAAACCAUUUUACAUGUGACCACUACCACAUCACCUUCUGAGUUUAGGACUACACAGGCAACGCCCAAGACACAUUCUAUUGUGAUGUCUCUUGACACAGAGAUUGAUAACUUCUCAGGAGACAGUGUCUCUGUAGAAGACUCUGGAAUGCAAACUUCAACACCAGCUGACACUACAUCUACAGAUACAAGCUCACCAACAACCUUAACAGCAGAUGUUAAUUCUACUUUACAUGGAACUGUAUCUGCAACCUCUGGACAUAAUACAGAGAAGACCACUGACUCUAAACAAUCACCAUUUAUUUUAGUCUCCCAGGACAUUGGCACAGAGGAAGGCUCAGGUCUCAUAUCAGAACUUACAGUGUCUAGUGGAUCAGAUAUCAUUGAGACUACAACUGCUCAUAAAACAACGACAGUAGUUUCACGUGGUAUGGCACAGGCUACAGACCAUAGUGAACCAAGAUCAUCACUCCCUAAUGUUGAGUCAGUAACAGGUAGUACUUCUUCUAGUAUGGAGAGUUCUGCUACAGCUGCAAGUACUGACUCAUUCUUCACUAGUACUGUAAAGUUCUUUGAGUCAUCCUUUGCACCUCUUUUAGACAUUUUAAAAAACAGCAGUAGUUCAGAAACUAUGCAGCCUAAUAAGGUGCUACCAGCAGAAGAGCAAGUUUCAACUGUGGUUUCUUCAGAGAUGUCAUCUCCAACUACCCAAAGACUACAGCCAGCAGGCACAUCUGUUUUUGAAUCAGUAGCAGAGAACACAAAGAUUCCAGGCAUUAUUUUUGAUUCAGACACUGUUGGGAUGUUAGACUUUGAGAGCACGACCAAUCCCCUUGUAGAGGGCAAACCGGAUUUGAUUUCUGUUGGUGCAUCUGAAAUUGAGAUUGAGACCACUGUACAUCCAAACAUGGAGCUUGAGAAUGAUACUAGUGUUAGAACUACUACACAAUCUGACAUCACAGUACAACCAACCACCAAAUAUGAGGUAACAGAAAUAGUUCAAACAGAAAGAGUUGAAGUGAAAGAUAAGGCAACAACAGAGACAGUACUAAAAAGCUCAGAGAUGCCAUUAUUUGAUUCAACCAGAGGAAAGACAUCAAGCCCCUUAUUGUCAGAGGAAGGCUCAGGUGAUGUGGUUUCUGAAGCGAAAGAUAAGGCAACAACAGAGUUGGUACCAAAAAGCUCAGAAAUGCCAUUAUUUGAUUCAACCAGAGGAAAGACAUCAAGUCCAUUAUUAUCAGUGGUUUCUGAAAUCUUCACUGAAGAGUCAACAGCUGUCUCUUUUAAAGUAUCAACAGAUCACAGAGAUUUUUCCACCACUCAUUCAGAUGCAUUGGUAUCACAUUCUAAAGAAACUGAUAGCACAACAUAUGAACCCCCAAUACUCACAACAUCAAGGUUCCAACAUGAAGCAGUGUUUGAAAUGACACUUACAGCCCAACCUACUAAAGAUACCUCAGCAGCAGAAGAUUUGUCAACAACAACAACUAUUCCCAUGGUAUCUGUGUCCACUCAGUAUACCCAAACCACAAAGCAAGGUGUGCCUUCAACUCAAAAGGUACCAAUAAUGGAGUCAGACGCUGAUGUGACGCUGGAUGGUGAUGCUACAUCUGAACCUUCUUUAGUAGAAUCCAAACCAGAUUUGAUUGAUUCUGAGACUUUCUCAAAGCCUGAGAGUGAGACUGCCCUUGAAAGUACUCCAGUAUAUGAGAUUAAGACAUCAGAUAGCAGCACUGAACAGCCAAGCAUUUCAUACAAGAAUCCUUUACAGAGGUUAUCCACUGUGUCACCUAUGGAACACUUUACUUAUGAAAACAGCAAAGACGAGGUAACCACUGUCAUACCGUCAUCUGAUGAGAUAUCACCAGCAUCACCAAUGCUACAAUCUUAUGAUUCAGUCACUGAAUCUGUAGAUGAGGAAAAUGUGUCAGAGGAACAAGAGACAUUUGGUCAAACUGAGGAAACUGCAACUGCAAUUCUGGAGAGUACAGACUACUCCACAUCAUCAGCUGAUGGAAUUCAAAUACAUUCAGAUACAAUAGCUUCUCCUAAAGAUAUUUCUGAUGACACCACAUUGGAUGAAGGCUCAGCCCGUAAUCCAGAGGCACUGAAUGGAACACAGAGACCUAGACUGGACAUGGACCUAGGAUACACAGUUAUUGGAGAGACAUAUGAUAUUGCAGGUGCCCAUUCAUGUUCUGAUAAUGGAUGUAUGAAUGGUGGCUCAUGUUUGAAAAGGGAUAACGUGCAGAUUUGCAGCUGCCUACCCGGUUACACUGGUGACCAUUGUGAAAUAGAUAUUGAUGAGUGCCACCCCAACCCAUGUCGUAAUGGGGGUACCUGUGUAGAUGGGAUCAACUCUUUUACUUGUGUAUGUCUACCAAGCUACAGAGGAUCUCUCUGUGAGGAAGACACAGAAACAUGUAGUUAUGGAUGGCAUAAGUUUCAAGGCCAUUGCUACAGGUAUUUCCCCCACAGACGCACCUGGGAUGUAGCAGAGCAUGAAUGCCGUCUUCUGGGUGGUCACCUUACUAGUAUUCUGUCCCAUGAAGAACAGCACUUUAUCAACCGCCUUGGCCAUGACUACCAGUGGAUCGGACUGAAUGAUAAGAUGUUUGAAAGUGAUUUCCGGUGGACAGAUGGACGUAUUUUGCAAUAUGAGAACUGGAGACCCAACCAGCCAGAUAGUUUCUUCUCUUCUGGAGAGGACUGUGUGGUAAUGAUCUGGCAUGAGGACGGCCAGUGGAAUGAUGUACCCUGUAACUACCACCUCACCUUUACCUGCAAGAAAGGCACAGUGUCAUGCAGUCAGCCCCCUGUGGUGCCAAAUGCUCGUACCUUUGGGAAGAUGCGGCCUCACUAUGAAAUCAACUCGCUAGUGAGAUACCAGUGCAUGGACGGCUUCAUCCAGAGGCACCUUCCCACCAUUCGCUGCAGGGGAGACGGCUCCUGGGACCUGCCCAAAAUUUCUUGCAUGAAUCCCUCCAACUUCCAGAGAAGAUACAGCCGGCGGUAUCAACCCAUUAGAAUUUAUGGCAGUCAUCGGAAAAGGUCUGCAGAGGAGCCUGCCAGAUCCCCCCAGAAUCACCAUCACCAUGCCUUCAAGGACAACAGAACCAAAUAACAGGCCUGCCUACUAUGACACUAUAGUCACAAUGACUGUGAUUUCUUUUUUAACAACACUCAGUGGACAUCUGAUUUAAACUUAGAUACAUGUGUGGAAAUAGGAAAUGGACAAAAAUGGAAAAAGACAAGCAUCUUGAGUUCUAGAUACUGGAAUCAACACAGUGCCUUUUCAGUAUGUUAGGACUAAAGGAAGAGUUUUCUCAAGUAUUUUCAGUUGGCCACUGAAAAAAGGACUGUUGCCAUUUCUGCUGGAUGACUGACUGAUCCUUGCUAGUCAAUUUAUAUGUUAGUGAAACUGUGUUUGUCUUUUUCUUCAGAUCACAAAUUGCCUUCUUUGUGCAGUAUAUACUAAUGUAACUUCGCAACACUACAAACUCCAAGUGAUGGUAGAAAGUCAGCACCAUGUAAAGGACUUUGAGCCAGAAAAUAGCCAGCACAUAUCUUUUUACUGGAUGUUUUGUAUGGAUGCUGUAUGUCAAAGUUAUUUCUACCUGGGAUUCCACAAAUUCUGAAGAGCUACAAAAAAGCACAACAUAUGGGAGUUGAGACACAUCCAAAAGACUGAACGAGGAAAUGAGACAAAGACAAUCCAAUAAGUGCUCAGUAUUCUGUACAUAAUAGUACAGACACUACAGGAAAAGGUGGAGUGAGCUUUGAUAAAUGAUCCAAAAGGAAUUUGUUAUAAUACCCUCACCCAAAGAACAAUUAGGUGCCUAGAUCAAAUAGCAAGAGAAAAAUCGGUCUGAAAUCUUAAAUUUAAUUUUAUCCUUAAAUUCUCCAGUUCCUCAAUUUUCAUCCAUAACUUCAGCUUUCAUGUUGUCUUUGGUAAAAUGUCAAACUACUUUUAAGAGAAUGUACUUUGUGAAUUGCUCAACAAGACUUGAACCACAUGCUUUUUAACAGCAUGCAGGUCAUUUAUUUUCCAAGCUGCUCCUAAUCUUCUCAUGGUUGUAGCUAAUAUACAACACACUGGAGAUGUAAUAUGACCUGCAUGCAUAAAUUUAUUAUUUUAGAGCCCAGCAAAUCCAUGUGGUGUCACUUGUGAUUGUUAAGGAUAUUUUCUAUUUAAACACAGAGAUUAGAAAGUAAUGACAUUUGGGGUGUUUCAAUGGGCCAAAAAAAGACCAGAAUCUAUCAGUCAAACUUUUCUUCAUGGAAUGUCUCAACACAUCUCAACAAUAAUUAUCAUCCAUUUGUUCAUCCCAAGCAUUGUUUUUUUUUAAUGCAUUUUUGUUAUUUUGUCAGUUGUGUUUUAUCCAAAAGUGCACAUAUCUUUUUAUAUUUAAAGUAUAACAUGUUUAUUGUAUAAUGUGAAUGUCUGGGCUAUGUGUGGAAAAAACGAUUUGCAAGCAAAGUUACUUUUUAUACUUGCAAUGUGUCACCAAAGAGACAAAGUUUAUUCCA